AUGCCAAUCGGCACUCAGUUGAAAGGGACCUUCAGCUUGGACCCAUACUCGUGUCAGUCGGGGACCCUCAUCGCGACUCAACUUUUCAACGAUGGUAUCGAGGUGGUCCGGUGCCUAAGAGCACGUGAUGGAAACGAAAGGGCGGACCUCGUCAAAGACGAGGCGGAAGCAAAACCGAAACCGGAGAAAGAGAAAGAGAAAGAGAAAGGCGGAACCGGAAAGCAGAAGGGUAAGUCUGGAAAGUCGGAUAAGAAAGCGAAAUUGGAGGAUGAUCCUUGGGGGGCCAUUCCAGUUGAUUCACCCUUUGCAAAAGUCGGCAACUUGAAAGAUGUCGUAGGGGACGCGGAGGCAACUGCAGAUAUGUUAAUACAGAAGCUGAAACUGUGUGAGGAAGUCUACAACUUUAAUAAAGAUGAUUGCAUGCCUGAGAAGGAGGGCAAGCGUUUGACCCUCCUUGAAAUCUUAGCCUAUUGGCCAGUGAGUGAGCAAAAGGAGAAGGACAAGGAGAAGGAGGAACUUCCCAUGAAGAAGAAAAACAGCAAGGUAGCUGGGGCAACUGGUAGUGGGGAAGAAUCCCGAGAGCUGGAGAUGAGCAGCGGAGCACAAUCUUCGGCGUCAUCAGCAAGGGCGAACGCCCUCCAGCUGAUCGCGGCUGCUGUGAAAGUCGUGAAGUCCAACGCCUUUCGGACACUCAUCCACAAAGAGCGCAGUCCCAUGGACGCGCUGGAUGGAGAGGAUGAUGAACCGUACUUGGAGCCGACCUGGCCUCAUUUGGAGUUGGUCUACGAUUUGUUGCAGAAAUUACUGCAGACCAAGGAGUUGGAGUCCACUUUGGCGACAGAAGCCGAACUGGACAAGCGCUUCGUGACACAGUUGGUUGAGCUGAUGGAGACCGAUGACCCUCGUGAACGAGAGGACCUGAAGGUUUUGGUCUCUCGGAUUUUUGGGAAGUUCAGCAGUUUCCGCUCCACCGUGCGAAGGGCCAUUCAAAGCUUCUGUCAACGAGCAGUUUGCCUGGAACAUGGCGAGGCUCCCGCCUACGGACUUUCGGAGGUGUUGGAGCUUCUCAGUCAACGCGUCGUCGCCGCCUUUUCCAGCCCGUUCAGGGAGGAGCAGAAGGAUCUUUUAACGCAGGUGGUCCUGCCUCUUUACAAGCUGGAUUUUUUAAGCUGUUUCCACUCUUCGCUGAAGGAUGUGGUACGGUUGUUCUGCAAGAAGGAUGCGACACUGAUCAAACCGACAGCGCAAGCCCUGCUCCGCUAUUGGCCGCAGUGUGCCAGCGGAAAGCAAACCAUCUUCUUGGGAGAGCUCGAAGAUCUGAUCCACAUGAUGCCAGCUGCAGACUUCAAAGCCAUUGCCGCCCCCUGCGCCCAUCGAAUUUCCAGCUGUUGCAUCUCCUGCCAUUCGGAGGUCGCAGAGAAAGCUUUGGGCAUUUGGAGACACCAGCCAACCGUUCGCUCCACGGUGCAGAACUGCCGAGAUGAUCUUCCCUUGAUUGUCAGCCGCUUGUAUUCCAACAUCACCCAGGCAUGGGGGCCGAAUGUGAUGUCCAGAACCAUGGACGUGCUGAAAAACUUCAUGGAGGCAGAUCGGGAGCUCUUCGACAACUGCUCCUCGAAGCAUCGAAAGCAGGGAGAUGAUGCAGAGAAGAGGGAGAGCAUCCGGCUGAAGCGUUGGGCGAAGCUCCAGGAGCUGCACGACCUGGCUCACCCAGAGCGACAGAAAGCCAACAGGUCCAGGGAACCCAGGAAGGCCCAGAACAGUGGCAGGCCACAGCUGACCUGCAAUCAGGAGGUGAGUCUGAAGCAAGACUCCAGCUGUGCCUUUUCGCUCUGUUGGGAUCGGACAGAUGCCACGCCGAAGAAAAAUCAGCUGCAAUUGCAGGCGUUGCUUGUCAACACCAGUGGCAAAAUUGUGGAAGCCAUCAACAGUCGCAAUCUCACUUGCUUCCAGUCCGCGGUGCGCUUGACCUCCCGUGCGCCGCAGAAGAACAGCAAGGAGGCAUGUUGUGGCACCAUUUGGGCCACUAUGGAUCUGUUGCCAGUGGAGAUUGCGAUGGUUCUUCUUGUGGUAACUGCAUCGAAUCGCUCAUGUCUAGGUGACAUUGCCCACGAUAUGGCGUUGGUGGUGGACUUCAAUGGUAAAGUUCAGCUCGGCGAGAUCUUGGCCGAGCCACCACCAGAUGCGAAGAUGGGCUUGUUGGGGGCACUGAGACGUCUCGAUUGGACUUCGUGGAAUUUGCUGCCGAAGGUGGAAUGGGCCACCUGCGAGCACUUCACGGACAAUCCUGAAAUGUUUUCGCGGGUGAUCAAGGAGGCCAUUCCGCUGAGCCUCAAAAAGCACAGGGGACAGGCCUCCUUUGUAGUCAUGAGCAAAGGAUCUGUCGCAGAUUGCCCAACAUUUCCAGCGAAACAGAAAGUCUUCCUGGGCAUGGGCUGGGACUUCUAUAGCGAUGAAAACCUGCAUGUGGAAGUCGCAUUAGUUUGUUUGACGGCCAACGGUCAGCACGUCUCCACCGUUUGCGGGGGCCAAAGCGUCAAUGGGGCUUUCCAUACAGGUGAUGGUGCUUUGUCCGCUGGAAUCUUCGUGGAUUUCGACGCACUCGCAGUGGAGGUCUCGGUCGCGUUCCUCACUGCCCACGUGACCUCGGAGGACUUUGGUGCAGUGCAGCAGCCGCAUUGCACCGCCAUUGACGUCACGGGCCGGGAAAUCUUGAGAUACAUGAUGCCAGAGGAAAAGAAGACUUCCACCGGCCUGAUUAUGGCCAGGGUCUUUUGGAACGAGUUCUACGAUCGGUGGAAUUUCCAGGCUCUUGGAAAUUAUUGCACUGGGCGCACUUGGUCAGAUUCUUUGGAAUAUAUGUCCUGAGACUCAGCCGUGGGGCCACACCAUGGCACGCUUCAUGUGUGAACCAAUUAGUAUUUCCAUAUAUUGACGUACUCCGACGAAAUUGUAUGAACAUGUUGGUCAUUGUGGAGCAGGGAAACAGUAUGAUGAGCUGUCCCCAAUUUGCGGCACACCAACUUGACAGUCAGCUGCCCUUUGGUUGCCCUCUUGGCUUCCCAUUAUGGGUCAUCAGUGGCAUCAAAUAUCUAAAAAUAUCUUUAAAAAAAUUGGAUAUUGCUCAAAACUACCCUUUGGUAAACUUAUGG